CGAUCCAGAAGCUCAAACUCUCAAGAAAGCUUCAGAACCUUGAAGCUAGCUACGAAGUUGAUAAAAGCCCAACCCAAAAUCCCCAGCUACUCUCAAAUUAGACCUGGCGUCUGUGUUCAGCAAAUUUGACUCCUCAAAACGGCAGAAGGCUCUGGGAGACUUUUCGAGCUCCAAACAAUGGCGAUAGCAGACGCUUUAGGCCAAGAAUUUGAAGAUUGGGUUCAAAUGUAAAGCUCAUGAUUGCGGAGAAGAACAAGUUUCAAGGAAAGGCAUUGUCUGUGUCAUACACAAAGACCGCCAUUACUGCAAUUAAGGAGAAGUUCAGUUCAGAGCAGUUGGAAAGGUUUAAGGGGACUUGUUUUGGUCAUCUACUACUCAUUCAAAAAAAUGACACCACAAAACCUCCUGGUCCUUCCUCUUUCAACCCCUAAAUUAAGCAUCGGAUGCCCAAUACUAGACGGCUGCAUGGGUGGCGGCAUACCCUGCAACUCCAUAACAGAAUUGGUGGGGGAGAGUGGUUCUGGGAAAACGCAAGUUUGUCUCCAACUAACAAUAAGAGCUCAGCUCCCACCCUCACAUGGCGGACUAGGAGGGUCCUCCCUCUACAUACACACAGAAUUCAGCUUCCCAAUUCGUCGACUGCAGCAACUAGCCAACCAUUAUCAGGCAUCACACGCCAACUUGAUAGGGUUGAACCCAUUGGAAGACAUAUAUGUUCAUGCCAUUCAUGAUGCACAACAAAUGGUCCAUGUGCUUCGAGACAUAGAAGCAUUUAUGGGCAUUGGUCACACCCGGUUACCUGUAAAGCUCAUUGUCAUUGAUUCCAUUGCUGCACUGUUUGGGUCACAAUAUGACAGAACACCCGCUGAUUUGAAAUGCCGGUCUGAAAUGUUUUUCAAGAUUUCUGGGAAAUUGAAGGCUUUGGCAAAUAAGUUUGGGGUGGCGGUGGUUCUGACCAACCAGGUGGUGGAUGUCAUUGGGCCAGCUGAUGGAAUAGAUGGGGUGAGGUUGGGAAACUUGGAGUGCUUGCAUACAUCAGCCAGACGGGUUAGUCCAGCUUUGGGAUUGGCUUGGGCACAUUGCGUCAAUUCAAGGGUGUUCUUGUCAAGGCAUGAGGAAUCUGUUGGGGUUAACAGUCCUUAUGCACAUUCAACAAGUAUACCCAGUCAAACACAAAGGAGACUUAAUGUUGUUUUUGCCCCACAUUUGGCCCCUGCAUCGUCUCAAUUUGUAAUAACAAAAGAAGGUGUAGUUGGAGUAUCGACGGUAAUUGGCUAAUAAUUGCAUUGCGAGGACUUGUGUUGAGGAUAAAAUAUAUGGAAAAUAAUGAGCUGUUCCAAAUCUCCUGCCUUCCCUACACAAAGUACACAACUCAAGAAAAUUAAGCACUCCCACCGACUCCAUCUCAAGAUGGUCGUGAUCCCACUUGCAGGCCAAAAUCUGGGCGGAAGCGCAAGGCAUCAAUAUCUUCAUCCAAUAUCACUUUUGGUGAAAUUGAUGAUGAAAACCCAAAGGGCAAUAAGAAGAUCAUGCAUAGAGAUGUUGAACGUCAAAGAAGACAAGAAAUGGCCACCUUUAUGCAUCUCUUCGAUCACAACUCCUCCUCGAAUAUCUCAAGAUUGCAAAUUUCGACUACCAUUGCAAAGCAAAGCAGUCUGACAAGAGAACAUUUCUCCAUCAUUACCUCAUAUUUGGUGUGUAAAUACACAGGUGAGUGAUGGGAGAAGCAUUGAUACGUCUGAGCUCCAACAGAGAUAGACAAAAACUUAUGAUCAGCCAGCUGACUUCAAAUAAGGUGCUGGGAGAACUGAUAUCCUUUGUAAAAUUUUGGUGUGAUGUGUUUAUAUCCCCGUAGAUAUUCGACCUUCCAGGCACUUAAUGUGGCUGAAAGUUUUGCAAGAGCUGUUGAAUAUAACAUGUCUCUGUAUAUAUGCGAAGUUUGUGUUUUAUUAAGAUAUUUGGGAUGCUCCUCCAUUGCCAAUAAGUUUUGGGAUUGGAAAUCGUAACUUUCUUUCAGCUCCAUGAUCAAGCAUACCAUCAUGUUCUCGUUAUAUCACAAGUAUAUUUAAGGUAACUUGCCCCAUCCAUAUAUAUAAUAUCUUAAUUGUUUGCUCA